AUGCAGAAACUGCUUCAGCGUCCAACCUGUUCACUCCCAAUCCCUAUUCUAUCUUCUUCUUCUUCUUCUUCUUCUUCUUCUCUCGUUAUUUCUCCUUCAAACCUUCCUCUAUUUCUUCAUCUUCCAACACCAACAAUGUCUACCGUAGCAACAACAACGACACCGUUAUCCGGUACAAUUUCAUUCCCAAACAAUAAUAACACUAUCCUUCUCAAACAUUCUUCUCGUUAUUCCUAUCUCCGUACAUCCUUCUCUCCAACUCUAACCCUAACCCCCACCAAAACCCUUCCAUGGCUUCUUCUUAACCGCUCUCUAAAUUCAAAUUCAUCUUUACACCAUUCAUCCUCUCCUCAACAUGACCAGGGUACAACAGGGGAAGGGGAUUCUUCUUCUUCUUCCUCCUCCUCUACCACUGCCUUCAAACAUAAUAGGAGGCAAAAGGUUUCUUCUUCUCCAUCAUCAUCUAAUCCUGAUUUGUUGGCUAUUCCCGGUGUGGGUCCCAGAAAUUUCAAAAAACUCGUUCAGAAAGGUAUCCAAGGUGUCGCCCAACUCAAACAACUCUACAAAGAUAAGUUCUUCGGCAAAUCUAGUGACCAGAUGGUGGAGUAUCUACAGAGUUCUGUUGGAAUUAUCCACAAGAACCAUGCUGAAAGUAUAACUACUUUCAUUAAGAAGAGUGUCGAUGAAGAAAUUGAUGAUAAUUCCUCUGGGAAGCAAUCUUCGCAGAAGAAGCGACUUACGUUCUGUGUCGAGGGUAAUAUCAGUGUUGGCAAGACUACUUUUCUUCAGAGAAUAGCCAAUGAAACUAUUGAACUGAGGGAUCUCGUCGAGGUGGUACCUGAACCCAUUGGUAAGUGGCAGGAUGUUGGACCUGAGCACUUCAAUAUCCUCGAUGCUUUUUAUGCUGAGCCAGAGAGGUAUGCAUACACCUUUCAGAACUACGUUUUUGUUACUAGGGUGAUGCAAGAAAGAGAAUCUUCUGCUGGAAUCAAGCCUCUUCGAUUGAUGGAGAGGAGUGUUUUCAGUGACAGGAUGGUUUUUGUACGAGCUGUUCAUGAAGCCAAGUGGAUGAAUGAGAUGGAGAUCAGUAUUUAUGAUUCUUGGUUUGAUCCUGUUGUGUCUACCUUGCCUGGCCUCAUUCCUGAUGGUUUUAUUUAUCUCAGAGCAAGUCCUGAUACUUGCCAUCAAAGAAUGAAGUCAAGGAAGAGAGAAGAAGAAGGUGGAGUCAGCCUAGAAUAUCUACGCGACCUCCAUGAAAAACAUGAGAGCUGGUUAUUCCCCUCCCAAAGUGGUAAUCAUGGAGUAUUAUCUAUCAAUAAGCUGCCCCGUCAUGUCGACAACUCUUUACACCCUGAUAUAAGAGACCGUGUAUUUUAUCUUGAGGGUGACCACAUGCAUUCUAGCAUUCAGAAGGUUCCUGCAUUGAUUCUGGACUGUGAACCCAAUAUUGAUUUCACCAAGGAUAUUGAAGCCAAGAGGGAAUAUGCACGCCAAGUUGCAAAGUUUUUUGAAUUUGUCAAGAAACAGCAAGUUCUAUCUGAAGCUGUUGCAGGGGGUAAAAAUAGCCAGGGCCAUCCACAGGUGCUGCUGCCUCAUGAAGGUGACCUGUGGCUACCAGGUGGAAAGCCUUUCCACCAAACACCCUUGGACUUCAGACGGGCAAUGUCAAUUAUGUCUGGUAGUGGCUGA